CCUCCCUUUUCAAAUGUAGGGCUCGAUGUGUUUGGUCCUUGGAUUGUUGCCUCACUUCACACUAGAGGAGGUCUGGUGAACAGUAAACGCUGAGCAGUCAUAUUUACUUGUAUGAGUAUCAGGGCUGUCCACAUGGAGGUGGUUGAAUCCAUGGACACCUCAAGCUUCAUCAAUGCUUUCCAUCGGUUCAUAUCUGUUAGGGGCCCAGUUAAAAGAAUCCGCUCUGAUAGAGGGACUAAUUUUAUUGGAGCUUGUAAAGAGCUAAGAAUUGCAUCAAACCUCGACAUUGACUGCAUUGAGAGAUACUUGUCUGAGCAAGAUUGUACCUGGACAUUUAACCCUCCACAUUCUUCACACAUAGGAUGGGUAUGGGAGCGCAUGAUAGGUAUGGCCCGGAGAAUACUCGAUUCCAUAUUUUUACAAGCAGGGACGGCAAGACUAACUCAUGAUUCUCUUGUAACUUUCAUGGCUGAAGUAAUGGCUAUUAUGAAUGCCAGACCCUUGACAUUAAUGUCUGAUGACCCAGAAGAUCCACAGCCUCUAACUCCUUCCACAUUGCUCACCCAAAAGAUUGGCCUGAUUGAGGCUCCUCCUGGUGACUUCAACACGAAAGACUUGUACAAGCGCCAUUGGAGACAAGUGCAGUGUUUGGCUAAUGUCUUUUGGGACAAAUGGAGGAAACAGUACCUCUCCACUCUGCAGCCGCGCAGUAAAUGGCAAUCUGGAAGGCCAAACCUAAAAUCUGGAGAUGUGGUUCUAGUGUGGAAUUGUCAAUCUAAAAGGAAUGAUUGGCCUCUUGGACUGGUGACUAAAGUGUUUCCUAGUGAGGAUGGUAGAGUUCGUAAAGUAGAGGUUAAAGUUUGUAGAGAUAAUGAGACCAGACUUCGAGAUAUCCAGAUAUCCGAACUUGUUCUUAAGUUAAGGAUGAUAUCUUCGAUAUCAGGUGGGGAGUGUCAUGUUUGUUGGGAAGGGUAAAGUGCCUAAUUAUUGAGCAUUUCCAUUUGUGGGUGGUUGUUGUGUUCAGGUAUGCAUGCUCUGUAAUGUUUGUCCUUCCUGAGCCGCCUUAGAGGGGGGCAUUCUCUAUGUGGGUAAUGUAUCUGCCACGGACACAUAGAGUGAAGUUCAUCCUGACUGUUCAGUCCUAUGGUAGCAUAGCCGGUAAGUUUAUAUUUGUAAAAUGUUACCGUUCUGUACUGCUACGUGUAGUUUAAAUCUGUUGUCAAAAUGUUUGCAUGCUGAAUAUUAUUUUUUUUUUACUUGUAGUUUCACACCUGCUCUUUAUUAAUAAACUGGAGAUUUGUACACCUCGUGUCAAGUCAGUCUCCGGGUCGUCUUAUUGAUCAAGGGAGGAGUUUAGCUGCCUGAAUAUCUAUUACCACGUAAUAGUGAGAUCAGAACACCAUCUUGUCACGCCAGCCCAGCAAGAAUACAGCACAAG